AUGCUCCCGCAAUGCCAGGGUCCCGUUUGGGCCAUCGACGACCUGUCGCAUUGCUUCCAGCGCAACAUCCUGCAAGUCUCGUUGCCGCUGACUGCGUGCGCCUUAUCCCUGCUAACAAUCGUCCUCCACCUCGCCUAUCGCUACGCCACCGCUCGCAAGGGUGUCGCCUACAAGGUUCUCCCCAACGAUGCCUCCGAUGACGAAAAUGUGUCUACCGCGGAAACCGAAUCAGAUCCAAUGCUCCUGCAGGCCGUGCAGAGCGAGCAACUCGAACUCGAAGUGGACCGCCCUCGCGGUGAGAUCGCCGUUGUCGCCCUUGAAAUCGCUGCGCUCGUCGGCCAGAUUGCUCUUUACGCCGUCGUUCUCACCACCCACGGCUGGGGCCGUCAUGGAGCUCUCCCCACGACAGCCGGUCUGAUCUCAUGGGGGUAUAUACUUUUCUUGGUCUUGGUCCGGCUCCUCUUGUCCAGCAUGGAUCUUUUCUCCGCCCCCAGACUGUGGACGCAUACGGCUAUUCUAUACGGUGCCCAGUGGCUCUUCAACGUCAUGGUCUUCCGAUCCGCGAUCAUCCACCCGAUAUCAAGACGUGCUUUGAUUCUCAGCAGCAUCCAGUUCGGCCUCAGCACUCUACUUAUGUUGAUCUCCCUCACUACUCGUCGCGGUAACAAGCCCGUACUGGUGGAGCGGGAAGAUGGAUUGGAGCCCCCACGUUACCCCAUGGCCAGCUUGCUGUCUCUUGCGACUUUCUCAUGGUUGGAUCCACUGGUUUUGAAGGGCUACCGUCAACCUCUCGAACUUGAGGAUGUGUGGAACCUGACUCCCACCCAAAAGGCCGCUGCGGUACUUACGGACUUUAGAAAACGACAGAUGAAGGGUUCUUUGGCAUGGAAGCUUAUUCGCUUUUUCAUUGGAACGAUUUUGAAACAAGGUGCUUGGACUAUCUUCGCCAACCUGUUCGUCUUCGUGCCGAGUCUCCUGCUCAAGGCUAUUCUCGAAUACGUCGAGAAUCCCCGGUCAACCACCCCGAACGCUGCUUGGUUGUACGCGAUCCUUCUUUUCUUCUCCUCCAUCAUUCAAGGCGUUGCAGACGGGCAGGCUCUGUUCAUUGGCCGCAAGAUGGGUGUUCGCAUUCGCGCCAUCAUCAUUGGUGAAAUCUACGCAAAGGCCCUCCGACGCAAGGCAGGCGCUGCCACAGACGCGGCGAAGAAGGCUCUGGAGGAGUCAAAUACCCCCAAAGAUGUAAAACCAAAGAAGAGAAAUCUACUCUCAUUUGGCCGAAAGAAGAAGUCCACUGCCACCGAAGACGAAGCUGAAAAUGGAACGGCCAAGCCUGCUCAAUCAGAUCUGGAUGAUACCGCUGCUCAGGCAAAUGUUGGUACCAUCAUUAACCUGAUGGCAAUUGAUUCUUUCAAGGUCAGUGAGGUUGGCGCCUACUUGCAUUUCCUGUGGGCCAGUGUUCCCGUACAGAUUAUCAUGGCCGUCACUUUGCUCUACAAGAUCAUGGGUUUCAGCUCCUUCGCCGGUAUCGCAUUGAUGAGUUUGAUGCUGCCCGUCAACCUCUUCAUCGCCAGGCAAUUCAACAAGGUCCAGAAUGCCAUUCUCAAGGGAACUGAUGCACGUAUCCACGCUACCAACGAAGUUCUGCAGAACAUCCGUAUCAUCAAGUACUUUGCAUGGGAACAGCGAUUCCAAGACAUAGUCAACGAAAAGCGCAAAGCAGAGCUCAAGUCGUUGCGUCGUCGUUACAUCCUGUGGUCUUGCGCUGCGACAGUUUGGUAUGGAACGCCAAUUCUGAUCACCUUCCUGUCGUUCUUCCUAUAUACUGUCGUCGAGAAGAAGCAACUGACCCCCUCGAUUGCCUUCCCUGCCUUGUCAAUGUUCUCUCUCCUGCGUGUUCCUCUAGAUCAGCUGGCCGACAUGGUGGCGCACGUGCAAGAGUCAAAGGUCUCCUUGGAUCGUGUGGACAAAUAUUUGAACGAGGAAGAGACUGGGAAGUACGACCAGCUACGUGACACUAGCGCCGCAGGUGGACCGUCUCAAAUCGGCCUGGAGCAGGCAACCUUGACCUGGGGCACUACUAGUCCUCACCCUCAAGCUCCUUCUUCCUCAGAUAGCGGCGCCGAUGCUUUCCGCCUCAUCAAUGUUAAUGUCAAUUUCCCUAUCGGUCGUCUGAGCAUUAUCGCCGGGCCCACGGGCUCUGGAAAGACCUCUCUGCUCCUGGCUUUGCUCGGUGAAAUGCGCCUUGUUGAGGGUCGUGUCCAUCUCCCUGGAGGCUUGUCCAACCGUGCUGAACUCCCCGUUGACCCCGAGACUGGCCUCAUUGACAGCGUCGCGUACUGUGCCCAGGAAGCUUGGCUGGUCAACGAUACUGUCAAGGAGAAUAUCAUCUUCGCGUCUCCGCCCGAUGAGAAGCGCUACCGUGCCGUGCUUAAGGCUUGUGCCCUCGAGCGCGAUAUUGAGAUCCUCGAUGCUGGUGACCAGACCCUUGUCGGAGAGAAGGGCAUCAGUUUGUCCGGUGGUCAGAAGCAGCGUAUUUCCCUGGCUCGUGCUGUCUACAGUAGUGCCCGCCACUUGUUGCUGGACGACUGCCUGUCCGCUGUCGACUCACACACCGCCAAGCACAUUUUCCGUCAAGCUUUGACUGGCCCACUCAUGCUGAACCGCACAUGUGUCCUGGUAACCCAUAACGUUGUCCUUACCGUGCCCCAGGCAGAUCACGUUGUCGUUCUCGAGAAUGGAAAGGUUACUGCACAGGGUAAGCCUGAAGAAGUUGCAUCUAGUGGCGCGCUUGGCGAGGAAUUCUUCAAGUCUCGGCCUGGUUCCCGUGCCAGCUCGCGUGGUAUAUCCCGCGUGCCUUCGCAGCAUGAAGAUGACGUAGCGGAUGAGAAUUCCACUGCGGCUAAUGCAAACGCCAACGGUACCGCCAACAAGACGCAGAAGGACGAGAAGUCACACAUGACAGAAAGCAAGGCUACUGGUAGCAUCAAGUGGUCGACUGUCAUUAUGUACUUGCGGUCUAUGGGUUCCUGGCACUACUGGGUCCUGGCUGUUUCUGUAUUCUGUAUGCAACAGCUGGGUUCGGUCUCCACCAACAUUUGGAUUCGUCAGUGGGCCAAUUCCUAUCACACGUCCAAGGUUGGUGUCGAGGGUGAUGUUGGUAGCUACGCCGCCGCAGCCCACCUCAAACCACCCAGCUUCAACGUGGGUAGCGUCUCGAAGAUGAGCACCUGGGGUCCGCCUCAGCUUAGUUCGCGAUCCAUUGGCCCUAUCACCGAUGAUGGAGAAGUCAAUGUGGGAUACUACCUGGGUGUUUAUGCGCUCCUUGGUAUCGCGUACAUCCUCAUCUCCUUGUCCCGCGAGGCCGUUCUGUUCUGGGGCUCGUUGCACGCAUCCUGGAAGAUCCAUGACAAUCUUCUGCGGGCCGUUAUGCACGCCAAAUUCCGAUUCUUCGACUCGACACCUCUCGGUCAGAUGAUGAAUCGCUUCUCCAAGGAUGUUGAGUCGGUUGACCAGGAGGUUGCGCCCGUGGCUAUUGGCAUGCUUCACAGCUUGGCAUCGGUGAUCAUGAUUGUCAUCCUAAUUUCAGUUAUCACGCCUGGUUUCUUGAUUGCUGGUGUUUUCAUUACUCUGGUGUACACCGCUCUCGGUGCCGUCUACCUGAACUCUUCUCGUGAUCUCAAGCGUCUGGAGUCUGUGCAGCGCAGCCCAUUGUACCAGCAAUUCGGCGAGACCCUGAAUGGUAUUGUCACUAUUCGUGCUUAUGGCGAUGGUCCUCGGUUUAUUGUUGACAACCACCGCCGUAUCAAUGCUUACAACCGACCGCACCUUUACCUGUGGGCUAGCAACCGCUGGCUCGCUCUUCGUGUUGACUGGACGGGUGCUUUGGUUUCGUUCUUCUCUGCCACCUUUGUCUUGAUCAACGUCGGCAAGAUUGACGCUGGUGCUGCUGGUUUGUCUCUGACCUACGCCGUGACCUUUACCGAGAACGUCCUAUGGCUUGUCCGCCUCUACUCGGAAGUUCAGCAGAACAUGAACUCCGUUGAGCGUGUCCGCGAGUAUCUCGAAGUUGACCAGGAAGCUGCUCCCGUCAUUCCUGAGUCUCGACCGGAGCCCAACUGGCCUACCCAGGGUGCCGUCGAGUUCAAAGGCUAUACUACACGCUAUCGCCCUGAUCUGGACCCCGUGUUAAAGGAGGUCUCCUUCUCCGUGAAGCCCGGCGAGAAGGUUGGUAUUGUCGGCCGUACUGGUGCUGGCAAGAGUUCCCUCGCUUUGGCUCUCUUCCGCGGUCUGGAAGCCGGGAAGGGUCAGAUCCUGAUCGACGGCGUGGAUAUUGGAUCUAUCGGACUUCGGGAUCUGCGUGAAGCUAUCACGAUCGUGCCUCAAGAUCCCACUCUAUUUACCGGCACUAUUCGUAGCAAUCUCGAUCCCUUCGGCCUAUUCAGUGACGAGGAGAUCUUCACAGCCCUCCGUCGCGUUCAUCUCAUUGGGUCCAGUACAUCCGGCACCGCAACCCCAAUGACUACAAGCACGGCUGUUGAACCCAACGGUAUGACCGGCAGCACCGCCUCCGUGGUCGACAACAAAAACGUCUUCCACAACUUGGACAGUCUGGUCUCCGAGUCCGGCUCCAACCUGUCCCAAGGUCAGCGACAGCUAUUGUGCUUGGCGCGCGCGCUUCUCAAGAAACCCCGCGUCCUAAUGAUGGACGAAGCCACCGCCUCAAUCGACUACACCACCGACGCCAAGAUCCAAGAGACUCUGCGGGAACUGCACGACAGCACGAUCAUCACCAUCGCGCAUCGUCUGCAAACCAUCAUCGACUACGACAAGGUGUUAGUCUUGGACCACGGCCGCGUCAUCGAAUUCGAUCACCCGUGGACUUUGAUUAACAAGGAAGAUGGCCAGUUCCGUAGUAUGUGUGACAACAGCGGAAACAUGGAGGUCCUCCUAGACGGUGCUAAGCGCGCCUGGUCUCAAAAGCGACUGGUGGAUGAGUCGUGA